CUGUGACAUAAAAAAAAUAUAUCAGCAGAAUCAAAGUGUUAAUGUAAAUUGUUGUAUUUAAAACGAUAAUUUUAAUUACAAUGGGGACAGAAGUGGCAAUAUCAUUUAGUGCAUUACGUGCUCAAUUAGAAAAUGAAAAGAGCACAUUGUAUAAAAUAGAUGAAAACAUAAAAAAGAUUGUACAAACGACAGGACGUUUCAAUAAUGAUAGAUUUAAUCAAUCCGGGGAUUACGCUAGGAGUGGUAAUCGGUUAGGCGGCCGUCCGCCAUACCCGGCUGAAAAUGCAAAUAACUACAAAAAUGAAGAACAUUUUAACAAACGCAAGGAAACUAAAACGGUUUUUAGCAGGCUAUCAGCUCGGGUAAAUGACAGCGACGGGGAGGAAGAGGGACCAGGUAAUAAGCGUGCCAGGGUGCCGUCUGCAGUAUGUAGAGAGCUACCCACUAGAGCAGCUGUGCUUCGAGCACAGGGGGAUGACGAGCAGGCCAGAACACGCAACAGACGUAUCUUUGGAUCACUGUUGGGUACAUUGCAGAAAUUCAAACAAGAAGAAAUUGUUUUACAAACAAAGGAAGAUAAGAGAGCACAAGUAGAGCGAAAAAUAGAAGAACAGGCACGCCAAGAGAAAGAGAGAGAACAGAAAGAACGCAAGACAUUAUUCGCUGAACGGGAACACAAGAAAGCCACUAUAAAAGCACUAGAGGCCAAGAUGGGGCGUGUGCAAGAGUUUGAGAACUGGGAGCUCUCACAGAAACACUUAAGUAACUUUAUACUAACUAAAAGCAAGCCACACAUCUACUGGUUACCUAAGAAAAUGAAUGAUAAAGCAAAUGAGAAGUUAGUGGCUAGCAGAAAAUUCCAUGAAAAGUUCAUGACCAAAAAGCGUCAAGAACUGCAAGAAGAAUUAGUAAAGAUUGAGCAGCGUUGUCUCCGAAUUCAAAGGCCUGGCACGAAAGAGAACGACCCAGAGCCGGAAGACAAACCUAUCGAAAACCAAGAUGAAGACGUUGAAAUGAAAGAUGGAGAGAAACGCAAGAGGGAUAAGUUUGCAGCCGAUGCGGAUGUUCAUGAUGAGAGUGAUGGUGAUGCGCCUGAUGAACACAAUGAGGUUCAGCCGAAGGAAGAGGAGACAGUGGCAGAAGAAAGUGUUAUGGAUGAAAAUAUUGAGAAAACAGAGACUAUGGAAGUGGAAAAUGUUGUAGAAAAUACUGAUACUACUGAAGCUGUUAGUGAGCCACAAAUAGAGCAGAAGGAUGAGGAACAGGAGCUCGAGCAUUCCCAAUAAUGCCUUAUAGUUGUAAUGGAUUAUGUGACUUCUCUGCAUGGCUGUAUACAAAAACUGAAUAUGUUGGCCACAUUGGAGUAAGAAUGGCCUAUAAAAAAUGGUUUAAUGAGACUGACAUGGAAAAGUUACAGUUCUAUUUAACAAUUUAUGAAUUGGAUUUCAUGUGCAAUUAUUAUCCUUAUAUAUUACAGAAGUAGACCCUAUUUUGCAUACCUAUAUAAAAAUAUAAUUUGACUUCUGUUGAAUGAUAAUGAUAAUGCAUUUAGCAUUAUCUAAUUACAAUUGUUUCAAAAGGCCAUUUCUUGCGCUAUGGUCACUCCUUUGAUAAUCGAAAUUAUGAAGUUUGUUUUCAUUUAAAAUGUUAUGAUACAAAUUUUAUAUGAUGAAUGAUUAUACAUGGCUACAAAGCUAUCGGAAUUUUUUAAAAAAGAGUCUUCUUAGUAACCAUACAGGUUUAAAUUUUGCAUCCCAAUAUAAUAAAUAAGUAAUAUAAAUUCAUCAAGUAAUAAAUGGGUAUUUCAGUUUGGUUCCAAAAAGUGAGAUGAGAAGUGAAAAAAUAAAUGUUCUGGAACUGUCAUUGUGUUUAACUAAUUUAAUACUCAAAAAUAUAAUCAUUUCUUAUAUUUACACGAAUGUAAGACAUUGAAAUAAAACUAUUUUACGGAA